GGCCGCGCCCUCUUCGCCCCAAGAUCCACAGUGGUGAGAGCCUAGGGUGCUGCCUUGGUGCCGCCUGCUUGGCCCGGGAAUUUACUCUUAAAGGAAGAUGUCUACAAUUAACAUUGCAUCAAGAGUGGAAACUUGGCUAUCAUCCACAUGGCAUGUUAAAGUUCCUUUGACGUGGCUGGAAGCAUGUAUUAGUUGGAUCCAGGAAGAAAAUAGUGGUAAUAACUUAACUCAGGCUCAGAUUAACAGGCAGGUGUUUGAGCAAUGGCUUCUUACUGAUCUGAGAGAUUUGGAAUAUCCCAUUUUGCCUAACUGCAUCUUAGAUGCCCCCAAAGGAGAGUUGUUAGGCUUCUAUUCCAUACAGAUUGAUUCUCUGAUUGAUGUUAGCCAGCCAGCAUAUUCUCAGUUGCAGAAGCUGAGAGGGAAAAAUACUGUGAAUGAAGAAGUAACAGCCAGUACUCAGGCAUUCCAGAAGCCCUGGGAAGCAAAACCUACUCGAAUGCUGAUGCUGCAACUAACUGAUGGGAUGCAUCAAAUUCAGGGCAUGGAGUAUCAACCAGUGCCUGUUCUCCACAGUAAUCUUCCUCCUGGAACAAAAAUCACUGUACAAGGUAAUAUUUCUUAUCGUCUUGGAGUCCUUUUGCUUAAACCAGAAAAUGUGAAAUUGCUGGGGGGUGAAGUGGAUGCUCUUCUGGAGGAGUAUUCUCAGGAAAGAGUCCUUGCUAAAUUAAUUGGAGAAACUGAAAACCUUGGUUCUGUUGGACAGGCUCGUCAUGACCAAAUUAUUUCAAGGCCUGUAGAUGAAUUAGAACAAACUCAGGGCCCUUCAGAUGAAGAGCUUUUAGCCAGCCUUGAUGAAAAUAGUGCACUUGCUUUAAACAAUGAAGCAUCUUUAGAAAGUGGAUACUGCAGUAGAAGCAACAAUUUUCAUACUGCCUCAGGUUCACUGACUGCACAUGAUGGAAAUGUUAGGCUAUGGCAAUCUGAAAGUCCUUUGCCUCGCUCAGGUGAACAAGUUUCACCUCCUGUAGAAUAUGCUGAUGACUUUUUAAAUGACUUUCCUUUAGAAGAUGAUUUUCUUCUGGAAGAAGAGAUGCAAAGAGAGCUGGAAGAAGUGCCAUCAGUGGUCAUGAAUAGAAAUACAGCUUUAAUUACUGAAAGACUCCCACAUACAUCUAGACGCUCCUGCAAUUCAUCUUUAAAUGACAGUUGUGAAAAAGAUGAUGUGAAUGAAAGAGUUAAGCCUGUAGAAGCUACCAUCAAACAAAAGACUUCUGGAAGAACAGUAUUUGAGGGAGAUAAAAAUAAUAUGAGUAGCUUUUCAGAGCACAAGAGUAUACAUCAGACCUGUAGUUACAUAGAUCCUUCUUUGGGAAAACUUUCUGAAGAACAGAAUGGUACAGACCUAGAUGAGAGCAGACAUAUAUCCCAGCAGACUUCUGACAGCAGGCUGUUAAAUGAAGAUCCUGUAUUUUUCUCAAAAACAGAUCACCAGAAGCAUGAUUUACAGACCUUUCCUUGCAGAGCAAUAGAGAAACACUUAGAUUUAGAUUCUCCGCCUUUCACAUAUAUUUCCCUUCUCCUUGCAAGAAACCUUGAAACUGUUACAACUCUGAAAGUUAAGUGUUUCAUUGUUACUCUUACUGGAAACCUCACAAGCGCCAAUGGGUACUGGGGAGUAAAGGCAAAAAUUUCUGACGGUUCAGCUUAUCUUGAAGUAGAUUUUGCUGAUGAUAUUUUAACAAGUUUGAUUGGCUUUUCAGUGCUUGAAAUGAAUAGGCUGAAAAAGGAUCCGGCUUUACACCUGAAAAUUAAGGAUGGUCUAGAGAAAUGUCAAAAAGAACUGAUAGAUCUGUGUUGUUUGAUGACUAUAGAGUUUGAUCCACAUAAUUCUAAAGCCACUGUAUUAAUUCUUCAGGAUGCUGAUGCAAGGCAUCUAGAACAACUGAAGAAACGUUUGAAUAAGUAAUGUAUGCAAACUUGCAGACUAUAUCUUAGGAAACUUUUAAGUCAGAUUUCCCCUAAGGAACUGUUGAAAGUUCAGUUAUAAAGUGGUAUGUCUUUUAUCAAGAAAGAUAAUGGAAGAAUAAGAGGAGGAGAUAAUUUGUUGGAGUGAAACUUAGCAGUUUGAUUCUUAUAGUAAAUGUAUUGGAGUAAGCUCAAAUACAUACUCAGUGUGUGAGAAUCUGAACCUUUGGAGGGGAGGGAGGACACCUAACCCUAUACAUAAAUAAGAUAAAAAGCUGUAUAUAUUUUACAAAAUCAAAACCCCAAAUAUUUUAAAACCUUUUAUUAAUAGAACAAUAUUAUUGUAGCAUACAGGUAAUUUAUUUUUGUUGUGUUAUUUUUAAUCAUUGCUAAUAGUUUUGAACCCAUAGGCAACCUUAUUCAUUGUCUCAUGAUGAUGUGUAACAUUUUCACAGAAUAGUCAAAUACUUGUGCUACAGAACUGUUGUAUAUAUAUAU